GUCAGGGUGGGGUGGGGUGAGAGAAGGGCUGCAAUUCUGGAGCGUUCCUGGAAGGACUGGGGGAGAUUGGAGGGCCCGGGGUGAGGAGGGGUCCCAGGUCUGAGUAUCUGUGGGGGUGUAGGGUUGAUGGAGAGGCUCCCCCUGUGCUGUGGUGUCCCCAGUGAGGGUGCUCGGGGCAGCCAGGAGGGCAGGGCUGUCCCGGGGAGCUGCAGCCCCGGCUCAGGGCACAGCGUGGGGCCGGGGGCUGCGGGAGCAGGUUUCCCUGGGACCCUCACCAAGCAGCCACCAGGGCUCUGUGGCACUGCUGUCCUCCCGGCUGCCCCCAGGUGGCUUCGGCAGCACGAGUACGUGGAGAAGCUCAACAUGCACGGCAUCCUGAGCGCUUCGGCGGGCCAGGAGCAGCUCCUCACCGAGCUGCUGGUCACCCAUGCCAAGAUUCCUGUUCUCAUCGGGGAGCUGGUCUCUGUGGAGGUCUGGAAGCACAAGGUCUUUCCCGUGCUGUGCCGCCUGGAGGACUUCAGGCCGAGGAGCACCUUCCCCAUCUAUGUGGUGCUGCACCACGAAGCCUCCAUCAUCAACCUCCUGGAGACAGUGUUCUUUCACAAGGAGAUCUGUGAGUCAGCAGAGGACAGCGUUCUGGAUUUGAUCGACUACUGCCACCGCAAGCUGGCCCUGCUGGCAGCUCGGAGCACCAAGGCACCAGCAGUGACCUCAGCAGGGCUCCCUGCUGAGCCUCUGGCCAGCCCCUCAUCCAUGCAGGAGCUGCAGAAGCAGGCAGAGGUGAUGGAGUUUGAGAUUUCCCUGAAGGCCCUGUCCGUGCUGCGGUUCAUCACUGACCAGCUGGACAGUCUGCCCCUGAGUGCACUGACACGGAUGCUGAACACCCACAACCUGCCCUGCCUCCUUGUCGAGCUGGUGGAGCAUUGCCCCUGGAGCUGCUGGGAGGCAGGCAAGCUCAAGAAGUUUGAGAAUGGCACAUGGCACGUGGUGCCCCCUGAGGACCAGGUGAAGAUGACCAAGCUCGAUGGGCAGGUGUGGCUUGCCCUGCUCAACCUCCUGCUCAGGCCCGAGUGCCAGCGCAAAUACCGCUUCGAUGGCUUCAACAAGAGCCAGCUCCUCAAGCUCCGUGCAUUCCUGACAGAUGUCCUCAUUGACCAGCUGCCCAACCUGGUGGAGAUGCAGAGAUUCCUGAGUUACCUGGCAGUGACAGACCCUGCUCCUCCCAAAAAGGAUCUCAUCCUGGAGCAGGUUCCUAUCAUCAGGGACCAUAUCCUCAAGAAAAACUCAGGGAAGUGGGAGGCCAUUGCCAAGCACCAGGUGAAGCACGCCUUCAGCCCCACCGAGGAGGAGCUGAAGCUGCAGGCACGCAGGUGGGCACAGACCUACAGCCUGGACCUGAUGGAGGCUCUGGCCCCCGACAAGCCCCGCUGCAGGGUGUGUGGUGCAGAAGCAGCCAAGCGCUGCUCCCGCUGCCGCAACGAGUGGUACUGCUCACGGGCAUGCCAGGUGCAGCACUGGCAGAAGCACAAGCCUGCCUGCAACCUGAUGGCUGAGGGGGCGAGGAGUGUGGAUGACCUGUGAGGAAAAGUGGUGUCUGCCAUCUGGCCCAGAGAGGCAGAGAUUCCCCCACUGUGCAGCCCAGAGCUGGCAAAGGCCCCUUCUGCCUGCUCCCAGCCCCAGGCAGCACUAGCCAGGGUCAGCCCUCCUCUCCCACCACCCCACCAUGCUGCCUCCUCCAAUAAACCUCCUUGUGCAUCCCACAGCUGCUUGGCUUC